CAUGUAAUUGGGACUUUGGGUGUUUUAUUUGGGGCCAAAUGGUCACUCCUUUUUUUUGAUCAUUUAUCAUUUUGAAUUGAAAUGCAUGCUACCUAAUGCAGUUUAAACAACAACACGAGGCGGUACCUGUAAAAUAACUAACUUUUUAUACUCUCCCUCCUUUCUUCCGCACCACUCUAUUUCCUUCCGUUUCCGUCCGAUGCGUCGCGCAUGAAGGACUCAAUGCUAACGAAUACAUGGUACGGCAUUGUCAGCAUUCUUUUUCCACUGUGUGUUUCCCAGUAGUUGUGAAACAACCGCGAAUAAGCAAGUUCAAAAAUAGUUUUAAAUGAUUUUUUUUUCAUUUAAAAAUUUAAUUUAAAAAAAAAAACAGUUGUUUACAAAAAUUAACAAUUACAUCUGGAAAUUUAUAAAACUUGUGAUUUAAAUUAAAAGUGAAUAAUACAACAAAUUAGUGUUAAAUAUGUAAUUGUUUAAAAUAAUACAUAAGUGAAGAAAUUGAAUAUCAAAUUUCAACAAUGGAAGAAAAAAAGUUGGGUUUACCAAAAGCGUUUAUUUGCUGCUCCAAUAUUUUGUUUUUGAUGUCAGGAUUUGUGCUGAUGUCAUGUGGAGCAUUACUCUUAGCAGACAGCCAUCGCGUUUUGCUUUCGCGACUACUGGGAUCAGAAGAAAUUUACCAGGAUCAACCAAUGUUUUAUUACUUUGCUUUCAUCAUUGUAGGCGUGGGAUUAAUUAUUUCAGUCACUGGUCUUUUAGGCUGUUGGGCAACGUGUCUACACAAUUGUUGUAUAACAACGACGUAUAUCCUAAUGAUUAUCUUACUCAUGAUGGUGGAGAUUUCAAUUUGCACUGUGGUGAUAUUUUUCCCACAAUAUUUGGGUAUUGAUUUGAAACCAUCACGUCUGAUACGAGCCCUACAGCGAAAUUAUGCAGUUCCUGGACGUGAGCAAUUUACCGCUGCGCUUGAUUUAGCACAAUCAGUGUUUUCAUGCUGUGGCAUAAAUGGUAGCAGUAACUACGGAACUUCCUGGUGGCGAUUGCAAGAAGUCGGUCGGAGGGAAUUAGUCGUUCCGCUCACUUGUUGCACUCUUAAUAAUGUUUCUGUUAUUGAUGCUUUUCUCAAUCCGGAGCCAUCUAAUCUCACACUUUGCCAGGCACUUAACCCAGCAGAGCAUUUACAAGCUAGACAUCUAAAUGGUUGCUUGGAAAAAAUUGAAAACUGGACAGACGAGCAGGAAUUAAUUUUACUUACAACCGUAUUAGGUCUAAUGUUCAUUGAACUUUGUGCUCUCUCCAGUACUUUGUUUGCCUGCUUGAAAUCGAAGAAGUCAAAGAAAAAUCAUACGUCCGCUUUCACUUCAACGCAAACUCUCAGUCCCUUCAGUGAAAGUGAACAUGAAUUCGGAAUGGGUAUCGAGAAUCGGAUGCACAUGGCAGGAACAACAUUUGGUGCAAAAUCAUGAAGACGGCUUGAGGGCAGCGAGGUACCAACUAUAUCAGUCGCAGGAAUAAAACGAAUCGAAAAAAUACCAUACAACACUA